ACCCUUAUGCUUGAACAUAGUGUUCGUUAUGGACAAACUGUGACUAGCACAGAAGUCCAGUAACAGAACACCACUCGGGUUCAGGUCGGGGGAAGGGGGCGUUCCGCCCCUCCAGGUGUCACUGUUGCUGACCACGUCAGCAUUGAAGUCCCCCAAUAGAACGAUGGAGUCCCCGGUCGGAGCACUUUCUAGCACCCCUCCCAGAGACGCCAAGAAGGUCGGGUACUCUACACUGCCAUUUGGCACAUGAGCACAAAAAACAGUGAGAGAAUUCUCCCCGACCCGAAGGCGCAGGGAAACGACCCUCUCGUUCAACGGGGUGAACUCUAACACAUGGCUGCUGAGCUGGGGGGCUAUGAGCAAACGCGCACCAGCCCGUCGCCUCUCACUGCGGGAAACUCCAGAGUAGUAGAGAGUCCAGCCUCUCUCGAGGAGUUUAUUCUUGUCUAAUUUAUUAUUGUUUACUUAGUGAUCUGAUGAACAAGGAAAGGUUUAGCAAGGAAAAUUUUACUUUUACUUUUGUUUUGUUUGUCUCUGUGUUUUUGCGUGGGUGUGAGUGUGUGUCUCAAACAUCUCAACAAUUAUAUCUAAUCAUACCCUGGACAGCAGAGAAACUCCCUUGUAUUUAUAUACAUUAUCCUUCCUUGUGUUAUAUAAAUGUUAAGUACGGUAAAUACAGUAUUCUUAAAUAAUACAGUAUGAAAGAUUAUUAUAUGCUUUAAACAUAAUGAAUCUAAAUAUGUUGUAUGCUUAUGUACAUAUAUUAUAUUUAUGUUUUAUACGUAAUAAUAACAAUAAUAAGCAGGGGAAGAAUUAGAAAUAAUAGAUUUUAUUAAUAUAAAUACUAAUUAUUGGCACACUAUUAUGUAAUACAGUUAAUAAAUAAGUAGUAAUACAAGUAAUGAAUAAUUUAGUGAUUAAAAAGCUGACAACUAAAACAAUGACACAAUUCAAGAAUCGUUAUUAUACGUGUUUGUGUUUGUAUCACAUCUCAAAUCUUUAAAUACAUUUCAAAUUUCAGUUUUGACAAAAUACAUUCAGAACAAAAUGAUUCACUAAAUUGUUGAAUUGUAACAGAAAUGCAAGUCAAACCUUACUGUAUGUAAGCAGGCAGUGAUUUAAAAAGCAAUAUUUGUGACUGAUAAACAUAAUUAACUCAAUUCAUUUCAAUUUUAUUUGUUUGGAUUAGAUUGUAGGGAUAUUAUGCCAAUCCUUUGCAGGGCAUACACACACAUACACACAUUAAUUCACACCUAAACAGCAGUGAUCCUGUACCAAUGUGCAAACAUGUAUUAUUUAAUGAUUAUUUUUUAUUUACAUAAUCAAAUUAUUGCUCAAAAAAAUUUUUUUAAUCUGUAAAAUAUUUGUUAUUACUUUAAACGUGAUUUAAAUUGAACUAAUUAAAUUAAACCAGUUUAAUAUUUGUGCACUGGAUUAAUUCCAAAUAUUUGAGGGGUAAAAUAUGAUAAUUACAGUAAUUACUUAUGUAAUACUUUGCACCGAAUGGGUAGGUAGACUGUAUAUAAACAAGAAAGCAUCUGCUGUCAGCCUGAGCACGUUUGCAGGGAGAAUCAUUCUGAUUACCUGAUAACAGUUUCACUUUAUUUUCAGCUGUAUCCAAAAGAAUGUAUUUUGUGCUUGUUUUGCCUCUGCUCAUGCUUUCCUUCAGAGAGUGUGCAAGUGUCAACGAUACACAAAGCAGAAUUGUUGGGCCGUUUCCCAGUUCGAUCUCUGUGAAUAACGGACAGAUCUGGGGAACAUGGGGAAUUUCAGAGAAGUGUCCUACAGGCACCUAUGCUACAGGCUUUAGCCUCAAGGUUCAACCAUAUCAGGGAAUUUGGACAGAUGACACAGCCCUAAAUGCAAUUUCUCUUCACUGCUCUAAACCCAUUGGUCCCAGUGGUAUUGUUGGGAGCUACUCAACUAUCAGUUCUGCUGUAGGAAGCUGGGGGUCUUGGACACAGCCUCUCUGGUGCCGUAGUGGAGUACUGAAAGCUUUCCAGCUGCAAGUACAGAGUUAUCAGGGAUGGUUAAUUGAUGAUAGUGCUGCCAACAACGUAAGGUUCCAAUGCUCUGGAAGCCAAGUGUUACAAGGUGCUGGUAUGAACUGGGGUACCUGGGGUUCCUGGAGCUCACUUUGUGGUGGAACUGGGAUUUGUGGCAUCCGAACAAGAGUGGAGUCACCUCAGGGCAUAUUGGAUGACACCAGUCUUAAUGAUGUUAACUUCUUUUGCUGCUACUGAGAAUGAAUUUAUGAGACGAGAACACAAACAAGAACAACUACAACUAAACAUUCUCUUUAUAUCUCAUGAAAUCUGACAUGCGAGUGAAUUAUAGGAUAAUGAUAUUAAUAAUCACUAAAAUGUUCUCACUGAUGAUUUAGUUAUGUUUGUUAAGCUGUUCUUCUGUGCUUUAAUUGAAUUCUGUUUUGAAUUACUCAACAAAAUAAAAUAUGCUCUUCAAACAUG